AUGUCGGUGACUGCUCCGAAUUUCUAUCGUCGUCCCCUUCCCCAAUUGUGCGUUCCAUUCGCCUCCGAUGAGGGCAAGAAAAUGUUCACUGAGGCUUUACUCGAGGGCAAUGCGAAUAUCUAUUUCAAAUUGGCUUGCCAGUUCACUACACAAGACGAACCAGCCUAUUGUGGACCAUCAAGUUUGGUAAUGUGCUUGAACGCAUUAGAAGUUGACCCGGGUCGGGUUUGGAAAAGUCCUUGGCGUUUCUAUCACGAGAGUAUGCUUGAUUGUUGUGUGCCGAUGGAAUCAAUCAAAAAGGUUGGGCUGAAUAUUUUUCAAAUGCGAUGCCUGGCGAAUUGCAAUCGCUUGGAGUGCAAGUUGGAGAUUGCCGAGGAGAGCGAGAAAUCGCAAUUGUCCUUUCGAAAAGACGUGAUCGAGAGUGUGCGAAGCGAGGUGCAAAUCGUUGUCGUUGGCUACAACAGGAGUACUCUAGGACAAUCGGGAACAGGCCAUUUCUCUCCACUCGGCGCUUAUCACACCGCAACCGACAGCGUUCUCAUUCUCGAUGUCGCUCGUUUCAAAUACCCGCCCCAUUGGGUCCCACUCUCACUCCUGCAUAAAGCCAUGUGCACUCUAGACUCAAGUACAUCGAAAAAUCGAGGUCAUCUAGUGCUCUCCCUCCGCGCCGACACUCGACCGCUUGUCGUUUUCGGGUUGAGGACGACGAUUGCUUGCAAUGAUGCUCAUUUCGCUGAAUCGGUGGUGAAUUGGCGCGAGUUCCUUAGAGAGCCGCCGAUGCCCGAUCCAACUGACGAAUGGGUGGUAGUUUGCCGCCGUUUCCUGCAAUGUUUCUCGGGACACGCGUUGAGCUGCAAGGGAGUCGAGGUGUGCUGCAAGAACGGAAACCAAGAGUCGGAUGAUAUGGUUGAGUGCUCGUUGAAGAUCUGCCGCGAAAUUCGACAAACCACCGCUGCCCAACUCACGAUGAGCAGUGCGGUGGCUGCGUUGAUGAUGGCAUAUCCGUAUGAGCCCGACUUCUCAACUCGUUCCGAGAAUCUCCGCGAGUAUUCGGAAGCGUGGAUGAAAGGAGUCUCCGGGGAUACACAAAAUGAGAUUCUCGUCUUGAGAGAGCAAUUGACGACGAUGAUCGAGUGCACAAAGCCGCCGCUGAAAAUUUUGGAUCUU